GUGGGUGCGGCAUGUCCAGGCCAUUCCCUAUUGUGCCGCUAUAAAUGCAGUUUCCGAGUGGCAAAGUACUGAAAACAUUUUAAUGCGAUGAGUGAAGGAGCAGAUGACGCUGACUGCAACGCUAGCGGGUUAUCAUCGGUUUCGUUUGACGACGUAAGUUGUCCUCCGGCCGAAAUCUACAACGCUAUUCGAAGCAACAACGCCGAGUUGCUCGAAGACCUUCUUUCCAAGCAGAACAUCGACCUUCUGGGUUGUCUCGACAACAAAGUGAAAAUGACUGUGUUACAUCAAGCUGCCGUUGUCAACAAGCCCGAUAUUCUUACAAUUGUCCUGGCAGCACUUUGGAGGAAAGGGAUUGUGGUGCAGGCGUUGAGGUCAUGUGACAGCAAUGGGUCUACUCCUCUUGCCUGCACAGUAGAGGAUCCUAGAUUGUUUUCUAAUUUCUCGGCGUUGCUAAAGGCUUGUGAAGAGAGUGCACCAGAUGUGGUGCGCUGGAAGAAUGAGAAUGACAGCAAUCUACUUCAUGUUGCGGUCGAUCGUCGCUGUGUACCCGUAUUGAGAGCAUUGAUUGCCAGAGACAAUAUGCAAGCAGCAUUAUUGGAGUUGAACAAAUCUCAGUCAACACCAUUGGAAGUAGCAAACUCUCAGCUGCGAAUGAAUCAAACUCAACUACAAAUGGAGAAGUCAUCGUUUGAGCAAAUGGCCACUAUAAUGAAAUGGAACAAGAUGACACGCCAGUUUCACGAACGAUCUAGAUUCAGUCACAGAAUGGAGGUUAUCAAAGCACUUCAGGAGAUCGUGGCAAUUCUGGAGCAUCCUACUGUGGAAGCAAAGGCUGCUGCUGCUGCUCAAGCGGCUUCAGAAGCUCUGAAGUUGAAAGAAGAGUUGAGACGACGAGAAAUUCGUGAUAAGUGUAUUGAACUUGUAGAAAAAGGAGAUUGGCCUAACUUACUGGUGCUCAUUCGGUCAAAUGAUGCGGCUGACAAGACGACUGCUCUGGAAACAAUCUAUUUUGCUAUGAUGGAAGGGAAACUGGAUGACACCGCAGUUCCCAUAUUAAAAGAAGAAGACUUUGAAGCUUUGCAGAAACUUUUGGUUAGCAAGAAUGGCUUUACUCGUCUCUAUGCUGCAUCGACUCUCUAUUUUGUUUGCAAAGAGAAAGCCAAUCAAACUCUUAUGACAAAACACGCCAGUAUAAUGACGUCACUUUUAUCUUUGUUGCGCACUCUCAAUAUGGAUAUGCAGCUAUUGUGUCUCAAUAUUGUUCAUACAUUGGUCAUCAAUGAAACGCUAGAUGACAAAACUUGCUGGAUACAACCUCUUCUUUUACUGAAGUCUUAUAGUUGUUCGACCAAACUGCAAAGAAUUGCUGGAGAGAUUUUAGGUCGACUGCAUGAUGAGUCAAUGGUUAAUCCGGGAAUGUGGGCAGUGGAAGAUGUUGCAGUUUGGUUGGAUGGCAAAGAGGAGUUACAAGAUAGAUCUCUUUACUGUAAGCAGUUCAUUGAAAGUGGCAUUGAUGGUUUGCACUUGUUGGAGUUGACACACGAAGACAUGAAGGGACUUGGUGUGAAGCAUCUUAGUGACAGAAGAAGGAUAGCAUCGUUUGUAGAUGACUUACGAAGGCUCAAUGCACCGUCAGUUGUUGGCAAGCGAGACAUCUUUUUGAGUUAUGCUCACAUCAAUAUUGCCUUUGCUAGGAGUAUUAGGAAUGCUCUGACCGCCGCAGGUUAUUCAGUGUGGAUAGAUGAAGCUGGCAUUCGUGCUGGCGUCAAAUGGCGUGAAGCAAUAGCGAAUGGUGUUGAGCAUUGUAGAGCUUUUGUAUUUGUCACGACGCCUCGGUCUGCUUCAUCGGAGUAUUGCAUGGAUGAACUAGGGUUGGCCGAGGAGCAAAAAAAGCCAAUAUUUAAUGUCGUUUUGGAGGAAGUUCCAAUGGCAUCUAUGGAUCCAGGGUUUAGGCUCAUAAUAUCAAGAAGACAGUGGACAUUCUUUACCGAUGAAAGCAAAUUUGGAGAAUCAUUUGAGAAACUGCUGAGUGGUAUCAAAAUGACUAUUGGAGGUGGUCGUCUUGACAACAAACUGUUGGAAUAUUUAGUGAUUGCUGUAUUUGGAGACGUUAUCAGUUUCAGUUUGUUUUUUAGCCUUGAAAAGAGUGAACUCACAAAGGACGAGACUGAUGCUGCUUCUACAUCACAAAGCCAGGCUAACUCUCAGUCAGUAGGCCACGGUCUUCUGUACGUGGAAAGUACUCGAGAUGACGAUGAAACAGACAUACACCAGAAAGUAUCAAAAUUGGAAGAGCGAGUAUGUCAGUUGGAGAGCGAGCUGGAACGAAUGCGCUCUCUGGAACGAGAAGUAGAAGAAUUGAAACACUUGUUUAUAGUUGCCAAUACUCAAACAAUGUCAUCUCAGAACAAGCAUUUGACUGAAACCACGGAAUCGUCUCUCUGCAAUUUAUUGUGACUAAUGCUAUAAACUUUUAUAAUUAUGGUUUUAGCGGAUUGAUAUUAAAAUGUUUGAUUAAAAACGGUGGCAGUCUGUCUGUAAUUUAUUGUAACUAAUGCUAUAAACUUUAUAAUUAUGGUUUUAGCGGAUUGAUAUUAAAAUGUUUGCUUAAAAACGGUGGCAGAUAUUACUGGCUAUUGUACUAAAAUGUUAUUAAGAUAGUGAUCAAAGUGAUUCACUAAAUUUCUAUUGUGGGCUGUUGGCUAGUUGAAGUUGGUAGUUGAGUUUGGUGUUGUCAUUUCAGGAUGUGUGGAGACACACGGUCAAGUGGUCGUUUGGUGAGUUCGUUUACUGGAAUACCAGCACACGCUCUCUAUGCAAGACAUUGAUACACCGUCGAGAGGACGAAGACAUCCUGUACCUGCAUGUGAAUCACAGUCAUCACUGUAUGGUAAGAGACCUGCAUGUCUGGAUAAUCUCGAAAUCAGUUAAUCAAUUGACUUAAUCGAUUACAAAACUGUUAUCAAUAAGGCUGGUAUUAAACAUUCCUAGUAAGCAGACACAUUUUUGAUUGCAUUUUCUUUAGCUACUAAAUAUCUUUCUAUUUGACACAAUCUUUGUUUGAAGCGAUUAAAUUAAUCCAACUGUGAGGA